AUGCGGGUGGUGACCAUCGUAAUCCUACUUUUCUUUUGUAAAGCCGCUGAGCUCCGCAAGGCAAGCCCUGGGGGUGCAAGAAACCGAGUGAACCAUGGCCGGGCUGGUGGGAGCCGGAAAAGCUCCAACCCGGUCAAACGCUAUGCACCAGGCCUCCCCUGUGAAGUGUACACAUACCUUCACGAAAAAUACUUAGAUUGUCAAGAAAGAAAACUAGUUUAUGUGCUGCCUGACUGGCCUCAAGAUUUGCUGCACAUGCUGUUAGCAAGAAACAAAAUCCGCAUACUGAAGAACAGCAUGUUUUCCAAGUUUAAAAAGCUGAAAAGCUUGGAUCUACAACAGAAUGAGAUCUCCAAAAUUGAGAGUGAAGCUUUCUUCGGUUUAAAUAAACUCACCACUCUCUUACUGCAGCACAACCAGAUCAAAGUCUUGACAGAGGAAGUGUUCAUUUAUACACCUCUCCUGAGCUACCUGCGUCUCUAUGACAACCCCUGGCAUUGUACUUGUGAGAUGGAAACGCUUAUUUCAAUGCUGCAGAUUCCAAGGAAUCGGAAUUUGGGGAACUAUGCCAAGUGUGAAAGCCCACAAGAACUGAAAAAUAAAAAACUGAGGCAGAUAAAAUCUGAACAGUUAUGUAAUGAAGAAGGAGAUGAACAAUUGGAGCCAAAACCCCAAUUGUCAGGAAAACCCCCGGUCAUCAAGACUGAGGUGGACUCUUCUCUUUGCCACAACUACGUAUUUCCCAUACAGACACUGGACUGCAGAAGAAAAGAGUUGAAGAAAGUUCCAAACAACAUUCCUCCAGAUAUUGUUAAACUUGACUUGUCACAUAAUAAAAUCAACCAACUUCGACCCAAGGAGUUUGAAGAUGUUCAUGAAUUAAAGAAAUUAAACCUCAGCAGCAAUGGCAUUCAAUUCAUAGAUCCUGCUGCUUUUUUAGGACUCACACAUUUAGAAGAGUUAGAUUUAUCAAACAACAGUCUGCAAAACUUUGACUAUGGUGUAUUAGAAGACUUGUAUUUUUUGAAACUCUUGUGGCUCAGAGAGAACCCUUGGAGAUGUGAUUAUAACAUCCACUACCUCUACUACUGGUUAAAGCAUCACUACAACGUGCAUUAUAAUGGCCUGGAGUGCAAAAUGCCUGAAGAAUACAAAGGGUGGUUUGUAGGAAAAUAUGUUCGGAGUUACUAUGAAGAAUGCCCCAAAGACAAAUUACCAGCAUACCCUGAAACAUUUGACCAGGAUAUGGAAGACGAUGAAUGGGAAAAAAUACAUAAGGAUCACACAGCAAAGAAGCAAAGUGUAAGAAUCACUAUUGUGGGAUGA